AAUGGGUAACAAGCAGACCGUCUUCACUCCGGAACAGCUGGACGCCUAUCAGGACGCCACGUUCUUCACGCGGAAAGAAAUCCUGAGGCUGUUUGACAAGUACCGGGACUUGGCGCCCCAGCUGGUGCCCCAGGACUACACCAGGAAGCCCAGCGUGAAGCUCCCCUACGAACUGAUUGCCAGCAUGCCGGAGCUCAAGGACAAUCCCUUCCGCCAGCGCAUCGCCGAGGUCUUCUCCGAGGACGGGGAGGGCAACAUGACCUUGGACGACUUCUUGGACAUGUUCUCGGUCAUGAGCGAAAUGGCCCCGCGUGACCUCAAGGCCUACUACGCCUUCCGAAUCUACGACUUCAACGAUGACAGCUACAUCUGCACGUCCGACCUGGAGAAGACGGUCAACAAGCUGACCCGCAGAGAGCUGACCCCGGAGGAGGUCAGCCUGGUGUGCCACAAAGUGAUGGACGAGGCCGACCUGGACAACGACGGGAAACUCUCGCUGGAAGACUUCCAGCACAUGAUCGUCAGGGCGCCCGACUUCCUCAGCACCUUUCACAUCCGGAUCUGAUCGAGGAAGCUGCCCGGACUCUCCAAGCCACGAGCGUGCGCGUCUCCAGGAUCCCAACACCUCCCCCCCCCGUCCCCCCCACCGCGGGCGCUGAGCUGAAGAAGCAGGGGACCCCCCCCCGCCGCCCCCCUCGGCGCUCGGCUGGCUCCGCUUCAAGCAGUCCGAACCCUCUUGAUGAUUGGCAGGCCGAACCCUCUUGAUGAUUGGCAGGCCGAACUCUCUUUAUGAUUGGCAGUCCGAACCCUCUUGAUUGGCAGUCCGAACCCUCUUGAUGAUUGGCAGAAAGACGCAAGAACUCCUGCUUCCCUCUUCCAUUCCACAAUGAUGGAAUGGGAAUGGGUCGUGUUUUUUUUAAACUCAACCGCAGGAAGACCUUUCAUUUUAUUACGGCCCGGACCAGACCCGGAAGAAGAGGGCGUUCCUCUGGCGGGGAGGGGGGUUCCUUACGGGGUGGAGAGAUACACUGGCUGACCACCGGUGGACCGGGAUGGCGUAAGGUCUUUUGCCUUGACCAGGGGGGUUGGACUAGAAGGCCUCUGAGGUUCCUUCCAGCCCCAGGAUCCCACAUUCUGUGCUCAGCCCGUUACAAAGUCUUCACGCUGCAACGGGCUUUCAGCGCCAGUGCCUCAAGAAAAGGA